AUGACGUCAUCUCGUUCUCGUGCGAAUUCAUCAUUCACUUCUUAUGACCAUCGAAUGGAACGACAAUUGACGGGAUCUCAGAGACCACGGAGUCCCUAUCGAAUGAGUGGAAAUGGAAGUAUUCCGACGACAAGAGUCUCACCACUCACUGCCAGUAAUCAUCUAUUCUCCGCUCCGAACAAUGGGUACAGUACCACGAGCACGACUCCAACGCAUCAUCUGCGUGGAAUGCUUCCAUCGUCACGUCUUCGAGAAGAAUCUCCAGGAGGAGGCUCCGCCCAUCAAUAUCAACGAACGAAUUCAUCGAAUGGACAGAUUCAGAUGAGACAAACGACACCGUCUUCUGGAAGUCAUCAGAUUCCUCAGAUGACGUCUUCUGUCAGAGCACAUAUCAACUCAAAAUCGAAUACGCCUCUCCAUUCGAGACUCGGAAAUGCUAUUACCGAAACUGAGUCGACGGUAUGCGAAUGUCUUCUCUCUGCUCUAAUUGGAAUUGAAUCUCGUCUCUUUACUCCGAUUCAUCGAAAAAUGACAAUCACAUCGACUGCCUCCAUUUCAACGACGCAUCUCGCUGUAUGUCAACGUGUUCUCUCUGUCGCUAACAUAUAUCUUCUUCUAUCGCAUAAAGAGAAUCCAUAUCCAGAUGGAAUGCAUGUAACAACUGCACUUUUGGCUGCAAUUCGAUCAAUAAUUGGAGAUUAUAUCGGAGAUAUCGAUGAAUUGAGACGAAUGAAGGGAUUACGAUUCCAUCAUUGUCUUCCGCUUAUCGAUAAAUGGAGUAUCCGACUGAAUAUUGUGGCGAUGGCACAUAAAAUUAGACAUCUUCCCCAACUGGAUCUCCUCGAGAAUCUGUAUAUCCUCAAUUCGGCUUACAGUUUUGAAGAAGAUCGACGUGUUGUAUUGAAUAAAAUCAUGGAUUACUGUAUGGGAGUAUACUGUAGUCAAAUGAUGGAAUGGAUGACAACUGGAGAGGUUCCUGUGGAUAAGUGGAUUAUUGGAAAAGAUGCACAAAAUCGAGAUGAAUUGGUUCUCCGAAAGAUUCCAAUUUUCAUGUCCGACGAGGAUGCAAGAAUUGUGAGUUCUGGCGCACCUUUGACGCGUUUUUGGGCACAAAUCCUCGACUUCGAACCGAAAAAUUCCGAUUUUUCAGCUCUAAAAUCGAUUUUCCACUUCUCGAAAUCGGAAAAAUCGCUGCCACACGUGCACGGUGCAUCGGAUGAAGAUCUCGAAUCAAUCGAUCGAACGACUACAGUAGUCCGUGGAGCUCUGUGUCCCAAAUUGAUAUUUCAAAAGGAAUUGACGGCGUGUCUGAUGAUUCUGAGAGACGUCGUUUGUGGAAUUGUGAUGAGAAUGGUAUUGACGACGGGACGACUCAAAGAACACAUUCUCAAAGCGACUUCAUUCUUUUUUCUGUCGGAUCCACGAUUUACAGCCACAUUGUAUAGUGUUAUCAAAGAGGCCUCGCUGGGACUCCGCCCCGGAAGUGCAUCAUUGACUCGUCAACAAGUGUCGAGUGCUCUCGCCGCUGCUCUCGAAGCGUGUACAUCGACGAAUAGUAGUCAUUCAGAUUCAGAAGAUAGGAAGAAACAGAAAUUGAAGUUCAAAUUGGAUGCGAUGACUUCGCUCGGCUCCACCCCCAACGUCUCGUCAAAAAUGCAAUUCGUCACCCCAUUAUCUCCACACUACGAACCCCAUCUGGACCUAAUGAAACCGAUAUUCUCUGCGUGUGACUCCGCCUACGAAUCAAUCUUUCACGUGUUAUGGGCCAUCGAAUUGGCGCGUUUCUCGUGUCAGGAGACGUCAACUCAGAAUCUGCCAGGAAUAAUGAGAUUCUUGUUGAGAAAUUAUUCCCUCCGUGAAAAUGCGACGUGUCUUCUGAAUACGUUGUCUCACGUCUUCUGUAUCAUCAACUCGUCGCUUCUACGUCUUCGUUCUCAUAUCUCCAUUCAACUUCGUCAACUUCUCUCCAGAUUUUUGGCGGCUAUCGAUGAGAAGUGUGUCGACGUUGAUGACGUCAUCCGAGAGCAUCUGAAGUUCACACGCCACGUGUCGGUCGUUGUUUUUGUGAGAAAUAAUGAGAGAAUUGAGCAUGAGCUGGCGAAUUUACUACGUGUCGCGUUUGAAGCACAAGAUUUGACGAAGGAAUUUGUGGAGACGUGGAGUGACGUCAUCGACCAAACGGAUUCUGAUGAGAAUGUUAGGAAGGCACGAAUUGCAGAGUGUUGUCAGAAACGAACGAUAGCUGUGAGAAUUCUGUUGGAAACUGUUAAUAAAUGUCACAAAAAUCUGAUGGAACUUCUCGACGAACAAAUCACCUAUGGAAACGACGCUCUUUUGGAAUAA